AAAAAUAUGGGAUUAGGAAAUGAACACAAACGUGUGCGACUCAGCUUGACUCUUUUACUUCUUCUGACUGAAAAUUCAUUUCGAGGUCUAGAAAGGUUCUUUUGGACUCUGUGCCUUCUUCAACAUAGAGACUCCAAGUUUAACAACUUCAAUUCAGAAACUGUAACAUCAUGUCAAAAAAGGCGAAGAGUGAUUCCCAAAAAAAGACUGCAAGACGAGCAACAUCCAAUGUCUUUGCUAUGUUCGAACAAAAUCAAAUAGCCGAGUUCAAAGAGGCUUUCCAGAUGAUUGAUUCCAAUAAAGAUGGUCUUAUUGACAAAAAUGAUCUUAGAGCAACGUUUGACUCCUUAGGAAGAAUCGUGAGUGAAACUGACCUCAACAACAUGAUUGCCGAAGCUCCCGGACCAAUUAACUUCACAAUGUUCCUCACCAUUUUCGGAGAAAGGAUAUCCGGGACGGAUCAAGAGGAAGUCAUUAAAAAGGCUUUCAAUACUUUCGACCCUGAUGGUGCUGGGAAGAUAUGCGAAAAGAAAUUAAAGAAAGCUCUCAUCACGUGGGGAGAGAAACUGACAUCAUCUGAGGUGGAUGAAGCUUUCAAAGAGGCUCCCAUUGACAGGGAUGGAAUGAUCGACAUAGGAUCCUAUGUAAAAGUCAUCUGUGGUACAGCAGUAGAAGAAGAGUAGGCGAUACGAAAAAUUUAAUUUCAAAAUUUCGGCAACUCAUAUACUGAUUCUAAUUUAUUUGUGUUAUCAGAUUCACAUUCACAAUAUAAUGACAUACCAGGAAUUUAAACGUCUAAAUUUAGGAACAUGAAUGUUUUAGUUGAUCAGAAUCCAAAUAAAACUGCACCAACGAAAAUAGUUAAAAGGCAAACCAGCGUAUGAUGCCUGCCCAAACCAACAGUGAUAACCUAACUGUGCAUUUCAGAGUAGCUUUGUAUUAGAAUACUGUACUUUUUAUAAUAGAAAUAAAAUAAAAAUAUGAUACUCUGGUGUAA